CCGCGUCAACUAAAGCAACGCGAGACAGCGCGAUAAUACGAGAGAAUAAUGUAAAAAAAUAAAGACGGAAUCAACAUAAGAUGUUAAAUAAUUAAACAAGAAGAAGAGGAGGAGGAGGAGGAGAGAGACGGCGGGAGGGCGCCGAGCGGCGGAGCGUCGCGGCCAGGAAAAGAUGACGGUGGACAAUGAUGUUGCGGACGUGUGAGUCCGGCAGCUGAAGCGAUCGCUGGAAGAUGCCCAAGUUUGGCCUCUCAAGGACUACACAGUCUGAGAGCGCAGCAAGCCACAGCAACAUGGUGGAAAAACCUCUGGGAAAGGCACCCAGCACCAACAGCAAUAUUAUGGAAAAACAGAACAAAAAGGAUAAGGAGAAAGCUGGCGAAAACCGGAUACCCAAGUUGGACCGUGGUGAACUGGAAAAGGAUGGGAAAGAUAAAACAUCCAAACGCAAGCUUCCUUUCGCCAGCAGCCCUAACAGUCACCAGCACAACAACUCUGAUUCUGACUCUGACUGUGAACGUUCGAACGAUUCGUGGCUCGACCGUUCGACUUCUAACAUCUCUUCGCCGUCUUACAAAACGCACACAGAGAAGCCAGCGCCUCCUGAGCGCAAGCGGAUGAGGAAAGACUCGGGCAGUGCCCGCAAGGAAGCGGGUGGCGGUGGUGGCCGAAAACUGGGCGCCUUUCUGAGCCAGUCGCCCGGCCUGCGCCUCGGCUAUCCAUUGUCGGAGCGCCAGCAGAUGGCAUUGCUCCUACAGAUGACUGCCGAAAGUACCAACAGUCCAGACGGCGUGGCGAAGGACGGCGCCCCGGGUGCGGCGACGGGGCAGCGCAAAGGGUCGACGGGUGCAGCGCGGCCCAAGGACAAAGUGAACAAGCGCAACGAGCGCGGAGAGACAUCGCUGCAUAUGGCCGCCAUCCGGGGAGAGGUGCGGCAACUCCGUGAGCUCAUCUCGCGCGGUGCUGACGUGAACGUCAAGGACUUCGCAGGCUGGACACCUCUGCACGAGGCGUGUAACCAUGGCUACUAUGCUGUAGCCAAGCAGCUGCUCCUUGCUGGGGCGGACGUGAACACCCGCGGCCUGGACGAUGACACCCCACUCCACGAUGCCGCCAGCAACGGAUACCUGGGCGUGGUACGGUUGCUGAUGCGGUACAACGCUGACCCCUACCAGAAGAACGCCAAGGGGGAGUGUCCCGUGGAUGUCGCGUGCUCGACCACAGUGGAGAAGCUGCUGCGCAAGGAGCUGUCGUGGUCCGCCACCGAAGACAGCUCUGCAGACUCGGAGGAGGAGCCGGUGUCCGUGGCACCAUCAGGCCCAGACGAGGACCUGUCGGACUCGGAGGUGGACGGAAAGCCCAGCAAGCACCACCGCAAGGCGCCCGCCACUCCGGGGAAAACCAUCGGCGGCGGCACGGCCACGUCGGCCUCCACCGUGUCGACGCCAGCGCGGCCCGUCAAAGACGAGUACGAGUUUGACGAGGACGAUGAUGACCUCAUCACUUUCAAGCCGGCCGACGACAAGCACCUCCUCAAAAAGGGCCUCAAGAAAGAUCGAGACGAUGACCCGGACUAUGUCGUCAGCCCUCCUGCCAAGCACGGAAAGUCGGGCUCAACAAAAAAACCAGUGCUGAAAACGCGUAAGAAGGCGACUCGGAGGAUUGAGUCGGACACUGAGAGCUCGGAGGAGGAGGAUUUGCCUGUGAUAGACUUUGGGUCGGCUUCCAUAAAAUACAAAACGGACUUUGGAAAGUCGACGCAGAGGUCAGAUGUGACUAGUGGUGGUGGUGGUGGCGGCGUCAAAGAAUCUCCGGCAAAAAACCAGGUCAAGGAGAAACCGAAGGAGAAACAGAAACUGAAAGCACAGCAUCCCAACAAGGAGAACAACAAAAUAGCGAAAGGAGAAAAGGCCAAGUUGGUGAACUCCUUGUUACUAACAGACUCAUCGGACAGUGAGAUCUUUGAGCAGCCAAAAUUGCGGGAGGUAGUGCGGACAUACAGUGGGGUGAAAACAGGGAGCUUGACAUCAUCGACAUCAUCGGUUUUGCUUACAGGAAAGUCAGAUAAGCAUUCAAAGGCUUCACGGGCGGACGGCCUGAAAUCGGGGAUGUCUCCAGCGAACUCGGAUGUGAGCUUCCAGUCCGGCUCUGUACGUACUGAGCUGAACUCUGACUCGGAUGACCGCACGUCCGAGACGUGCAGCAGCAGCGGCAAGUCGCUGAAGAGAAAGAAGAAAAACAAGCACCGGCGGCGGGAGAAAUCGACGGAGAGGCCCACGUGGCACGUCGGCGACGCAGUGCUGUCCCCACAGGGGCGUGACUCGGAUGCCACGCCAACUGGGUCGGGUCGCUUCACCGGGGAGGAUGGAGCAGGUGGUCUCGCCCGGGCUGUGGAUGUGGAAGGGAAGGUGGUGAAGAAGCACAAGGUGAAGCACAAGAAGAAGGACCGCGAGAAAGGGGACACCGGGCCCGAAAGUGAACGAUCUGAGUUCAAGGGAAACACGUCGCGGCCGGCCACACCUGGGCGGUCGGCCGAGACAGGUGGCGGUGGGCGGUUCCAGACACCGCUGAGGUUGCAGAGCCCCCCGCCAGAAAAGCCACCUUGGGAUGGCGCUCAGGAGGUUGACAACUUGGAGGUGAGGAGAAAGGAAGACAAGCUGAAGCAGUCGAAAGACGACCGGGAGAGAGACAAGCUGAAAAAGAAGAAGAAAAAGAAGAAAAAACACCAGAGCGACGGAGAGGAAGAGAGGAGAAUCGGUUCACACCUGCAUCGUACGAGCACGGACGAAAGGCUGUGGAGCCAAUCGCCUGACCCUCAUAACACGAAAACCCAAUCAAGUCCACUAACAGACAACAAAAACUGCUUCCCAGUUGAGAGAAAAGAGAAAAAGAACAUCCAAAACUUGGAGAAAAAAGAACAGAAGGACGAGCAGAUAUCCGAGAAAAAAUCUAAAGACCUCGCUGCCGAAGAAAGACUAUCAGCGCACCACUGGCAUGGCACGGAGGAGAGGAGAGGCAGCAAGUCAUUUGAGAAGAAAGACGAUACGUCUCAUCACACAGUGGCUCUGAAACAUGGCGGGGAUGAUCGGCGAGCAAGUUUGAACACGGACAAGAAGGCAAAGGAGGAGCUUUUCCAAGCGCAGAGACCGAGUGGGGAGGAGAGGCGAGGGAGUCAUUCAGAGAAAAAAGAGAAGAAAAACCAGCCAGAUGAUCGGAAAUCGAGGGAAGAAGUGCCAGAGCAUGUGCUUUUUCAGCAACACAGCGGAGAAGACAAGAAAGAGAGCUUGCAAAGGCACGGUCCUGAUGAGCGGAGGGGAAGCCAGAUGCCUGAGCGAAAGGAGAAGAAAGAGACAACACUGACAGAAAAGAAGUCGAAGGAGCAUUCUGAGCAGGCAGUGUUACAUCGAAAAAGUUCAGAUGAAAAGAAGGAGAGUCAGCACAAGUCGGGUGUCGAUGAGAGGAGGAUCAAAUCCGACCGAAAGGUUAAUGAUAAUUCGCUGUCUCAGACUCACUCGAGCAGACAACCAAGCAAGGACAAGGAAGCAGGUUUGCAGACUGCAGCGGGAGCCUUUCAGAGGCUUAACAGCGAGGAGAAAAAGGGCGGAAGCCACCACAAACACAGCUCUGAUGAAAGGCGAAGCAGCCUGCCAGGAGAGAAGAAACCCAAGAAAGAUGAGCACUCACUUGACAGAAAGAAUAAAACAGAGCAACCGCCCAAGGUGCCAUCGGGGGCAGGGGCCCCGGUCACCGAGGAGCGUAGGCCGAGUAUCCCAACGGAAAAGAAAGACAAAAUUGUCACCCUUGAAAAGCGUGACAGGAGUGAGGCUGAGAGGAAGGAGAAGAAAAAAGUAAAAGAAACGUCGUCGGAGCAAGAUGCCACGCACAAGCACCGGACAGACGAGAGGAGGGAUAGCCAACACAAGCACAAGCCGCCAACAGGCGAGGAGCGGAGGGGCAGCUUUUCCACAAGCCAGAAGCUGAAGGAGAGACCCGCGCACUCUGUGAAUCCAGAAGAGAGGAGAGCGAGUUUGAGCGUCAUCUCUGACAAGAAGGAUAUCGCCGAGGUUCAGCAGCUGGAGAAAAAGGGCAAGGAUGGAUCAAUGCUUCUCAAGGCAAUGUCCGAGGAGGUGAAGACUGCUAAAAAGGAGACGCUAACAGCCGUAGCCUCGCUCGCAGAAAAAAAGAGCAAGUCGAGUCAUUCGGACAAGGAAAAGUACAAGCGUGAGCGAGAAAAGUCAUUGGAGAUGGCUGAAAAGAAGUCUCUGAAUAAGGAUCGGACCAAAGAGAAAGAGCGAGAAAAGCCAGAGAAAAAGCACUUGGAGCGGGGGGAUGGUACUCCUGCCACCACGGCUGCCACUACAAAAACAGAGCCCAAGUCGGACGACCACAACUCUGAGGUGGAAGAGAUGUUCGAAAAGCUGUUCAACCGCAACCACCAAAAAACUGUGGACGAGUCGCAUGACAUGGAUUAUGAUGAGGCAGCAGAGGCCAGCAAAGAACUGAUUGCAGCUGAGAAUCUGUCGUACAUGGAUUGGAACCUGAGCGAACCCGAGCUGGAGAGCAUCGUAUUCUGUCAGAACUUUGAUGAUGUCGAUAAGGCGAAAGAAAGCCUGGACAAGCGGCCUGUCAGAGAAGAGGUGGAAAAAGAAAAGUACGCUGUUGACAAAGACCUGAUGGAAAAGAAGAAAGAAACGUUGAUCUUGCCGCAGAAAUCUGAGGAGCCGAAUUUCGAUGUGAAAGAUCUCAAGAAGGGUGAAAAAAAAGAGAAAGACCCACACAAAGAUAAGCGUAUUAAAGAAAAGGAGAAGGUGAAAGACAGAAGCAGCUCUUUCCCACAAAUAUCAAAGCAUCCCAAAGAUGACAGGCGGUGCUCACUAAGGGAAAAUGACAUUGGAGAGCGCAACAGCAAAGAUCCGGGUAGCAAGCAGUGGUGUUCCAAAGACGUUCCAAAGCCACGGGAGUCCGACAAACCUGCAGACAUUAAGGAUAAGGAGGCUGCAGACAAGGACAGGAAACUGGUGUCUGCAAAGCCAAAACCUCGCGUGGAAGUUGGGGAGCCAGACGGUAAACUCACGAAAACCAAGGAGGUUACGGUGGCAGCACGGGAUGCCAAACCAAAGGAGAAAGUUCUUGGUGCCAGUGACUUAAUGAUGACGAGCUUUGAGCUAAUGCUGAGUCAGAAGGACAUUGAGAUGGAGGAGAGACACAAGAGGCACAAGGAAAAGAAGAGACUUAGGGAGCGGGAGAGGAUGAGGCAUCGCUCGGGAAGUGACGUUCGAUCGAAGGAGCGGGAAAAGCCUCCUGGCGUCGCUGAUGUGCGGAGCAAGGAGUUUCCCAAACUGCAGAAACCAGCCACGCCCGACAUCCAGGUGAAAGAAAAGAGGUUACAGGACCUGAGCAACGCCACGCUCGUUCCACCCGAGAGCAAGCUGAGCUCACCGUUGCGAAGAGACAUUAAGGAUUGUGCUCUUCCUGGCGGCGCGGAAAACUCAAUAUUCGCAUCUCCAAAACCUGAACUCGCGAGACCCAUGUUUUCGCCAAGUACGUCGGUCACCACCAUGGUGCCCAUCCCAAACUUUGAUGAGACGGCGGUGGUGGCGAUAGCGGCCGCAAGCUCUCCUUACUCGAUUGUGGCGGAAACAUCAUUUGACUCGAUUGAUUUUCCCCGAGCCCCAUCAUGUGCAAAAUCUCCACCGCAAGAGAGUGUCCCUCCAGCGAUGCCCGAGCAAGAAGCCACCUUAUCGCCAUGCAUGAGUGAGAAAAGGGACAUGGAUCCGCUGACCUUCCAGCAGCCUGUACCUGAAGAGAGCUGCUGGACCAUCCCUCCGCCUGAAAUGACUGAGCACAAACCCCUCGAGCAGUUUCAUGCCACUGAGCAAUCUCUGCCGAGUGUCAUCAACAUCAGCAGCGGUGGCAACAAUGACAGCUGCGAGGAGAGGCUCACCGUGCCUGCUGACGGGUGCUUAAGUCUGUCUCCGAGCUACACUGUCAUCUCUGCGUGCUCUCCUCAGUACCAGACUGUGUCGCCAGCCGCGGAGCCCGACAAUGAAGAACCGGAGGUGCUUGAGGAUCUGCCGGAGAGCAAGAGUUCACCGUCUCCCUGUUUUGGUUACCAGUCUCCGCACACUGACAAAAUCGAGGCUCUGCCAGACAGCAGGCAGCUACUGCCCUUGGAGAGCACUCUCCCGUUACCGCCGUACAUCCCGGUGCCACCUCCAACAGAGACGGAUUGCCUGCUUGAACACGAGACGGACGACUUGCGGACUGACUUGGAGACACCUCAAUUGUCGCAUUACGUACCAGUGGCCUCGGCUCCGGACGUGAGCGCAUUCACUCCAGAGGCCAUCCCCAUGAUGCAUCAGAAGGCGGCCGAGGUUCUGUUGUCACCGAGAUACCCUCCUGCCCCGUCAGACUGUGAACUGGUGGAUGAGAGUGCGGCCAUCUCAAUGCAGCACACGCUUAGGCCGCCCAGCACUUGUUCCACUGCCCUUUCGGAAGCUGCCUCCUUCCAGUCGCCACAAUACACAGCGACGUCACCCCAUAAGGACACUACUGAUACAGAUAUUAUGUUGGACAGCAAGCUCUUGCAAGAGCCCAAGCCAUUUGUACCGACAUCGCCCUGCUAUGAACUUGUCUCACCAAAGCAGGAUUCCGUGCCGUUCAUGCCGGAGCCACGGAGCAUUCAGCACCCUGUGUUUGACCAGGCAAUGACCAGUGAGGAGGCUGGCCGGGAAAUGCCGGACAAACAGGAACCCCAGCCACCCAUCACUGGAUUUCAAUCGCCGCCAUACGUUUCACCUUCGAACAGGGGCCUCAAGGAGAUCCAUUCGCCAAGGGCUGACUUUCUGCCAGACGCCAGUGGGCGGUACGCGCUUCCACGCUACAAUUUGCCAUCGACGAAUGACACGCGGAGCUUCCUGUCGGAGACGACGAGCUUCCUGUCAGAGAAGCGCAACUUCCUCUCGGAGACGACAGACAUUCUGUCGGAGACUAGGAGCAUGCUGAACACGGUCAACUUCCUGUCGCCGAGGCACAACUUCAAUGGGGGAGGCCCAAUGGAGAACCUGCCAGAGCUCCCGGGCACCACGAUAAAUCUAAGCCUCCCACAGAUGUCUGUCGUUCAGGUGUGCACCAACGCUCAGCAGAGCCAGCUGCCACACACCGAGCUAAAGGCAGUUGUCAACUUUCUGGCGGACACUGUGGCGCCCCAGAUGAAUACGCCAAUGCCCAUGCAGCCACUGCCGGACCUUUUCAGCCCCUGCAAACAGUGGGAAUCGCCAACUGAUGCUACCCAGCUAAAGCUUACCACUCCUGUCAGCACCCCGGUCGGUGUCAUGCCGCCCUUCCACAGUCAGAUCCUUACGUCAGCCUCGCCUGGCCGGAUAGCGGACAGCACAGUGACAAUGCCAGUGAGCAACAGCCUGUUCAGCUACACGUUGCACGAUGACAUCGAGGCAAAGCUGAAAUCGCCACAAUGCUGCCACCUGCCGGAUCCCCCUCCAAGGCCACCCCCCGAUGCUCCUGAAGCGUCGGAGAACAUUCUUUCGGUGUCGUUUUCAUCUUCUUCUUCGUCCUCGUCGUCAUCCUCAUCCCCGUUCCGGUACUCGCGCUCCGUACUGGACUGCGAGCCCGAACCAACCGGGAGCGACCUGGACCGCAUCCUCAGCAACAUGCAGGGAGACCCUGCGUCGGCAGCACUCGGGCAUCCCUCCAACGCCGACCAGCUGCUGGAUGCGCUGGACUUCCCGUCUGUGCCGGAGCGACGGAGCGAGGCGGACGUGGAGCCGGAAACCGAAGCGGAGCUCGCCGUGACGCCGGCCGUGCCUCCCGCCGUGGCGCCCGCCAUCAUCCAUGCCGUGGCCCCCACAAUCAUCCACGCUGUGGCCCCCGCAAUCAUCCACGCCGUGGCCCCAGCCUCGGACUGCAAGGAGGCAGCCAGCCUGGCGCUGCGUGUGCAGGAGCAAGAAGUGUUUGACAGCCUCCCGGCCGCCGCUGUGCCGAGACCAUCGGAGCCACCACCCAUUGCCGACGUGCCCGCUCCCUUCUUGGACUCUCUCAGUGCCGCGCCGGACCCCGACUCGCAGGACGAUGAACUUCCGUCCACCGCCGCGUGCCUGGAGGCCAUAGCGGAGCUCAACAAGGUGAUCUGCGGGAGCAGCCUGAUACCGGAGCCAGAGGAGGCCAUGGACUUACACGACCAGGUCUCAGACUCCCAGGAUGGUACAAGUGAUGGGGAUCAGGAAGAGAAGCCAUCGGCGGUGUUGACUGUGCCGACAGGGGCCGCUUACCCGGCCGAGUCGUUGGCUCAGGGCUCGGAGAAUGCAUCUGAUGCAGCACUGUCACCAGCACAGCCCGAGAGGGAGGCAGCGGUGGAGAUGGACGCUCCCAUUGCCGAAGAUGUGAAGCCACCGCACGAUGCCGAUGAGGAAGUGGUACCGGACGGCGUUGAAGUGAAAGCGGUGGAGCCACAGGUUGUUGAAGGAGAAGUAGCCGACCAGACAGAGAGGACUGCACUAGAGGCAGCCACGCAGUCGCCGCCGCCGCCUGCUGUAGAGAAACCAAAACAGGAGCAGGCGCUCACACCAGCGAAAUCGGACCGGACGGCCGACGAGUUGGUAGCCCCCAACGUGGCUCCGGCGGCCCCGACAACAACCCCUGCUCCCACCCCCGCGCCAUCGUCGGUGGUGGCGCCACCAUCAAGGGUGAUGACGCGCAGUCGUGCAAGCAUGGCGGCGGGAAAACAUGCAGGCAGCAGCGCGCCUGCGGAGGGCACCGGAAAGACGGUGGCCACGCGCACCAAGUCCGGCGAGGACGAGAGAACGGCGGCGGGCGCGACGCACCACCCGUACAAGCGCAAGAUGCCGGCGCAGCCUGCGCUUGCGCGUGGCGGGGCGCUCUCGCAGCAGGCGAGCGGGGGCUCGGCCUCCACCUCGGCGGCGCUGCACGCGUCCACCGCGCUGCGACAGAGCAAGGAGGCGGCGCACCAGUCGCUGGCAGCGCUCGUGGACUCGCUGAAGCUGGAGGAGAUAAAGCCGUACCAGACGGCGCGCUCCAACCCGUACUUUGAGUUUGUGCAGAUGCGCAAGCGCAUCGAGGAGAGGCGGCGUCGCGUGAUGUGCUCCGUCACGCCGCAGGCGCCGCAGUGCUACAGCGAGUACGUCACCUUCACUGGAUCCUACAUGCUGGAUGGGAAACCCUCCAGCAAGCUGCACAUCCCCACCAUAACUCCUCCACCGUCACUGUGCGAGCCAAUGAAAGAGCUGUUCAGGCAGCAAGAGAGUCGGCGCGUGAAACUGCGGUUGCAGCACAGCAUCGAGCGGGAGAAGCUGAUUUUGUCUUGCGAACAAGAGAUCUUGAGGGUACAUUGCCGGGCGGCACGGACCAUCGCCAACCAGACUGUGCCGUUCAGCGCAUGCACCAUGCUGCUUGACUCGGAGGUGUACAAUAUGCCCCAUGUGCAACAGACUGAUGAGAAAACGUCAGUGAGGGACCGUUUCAAUGCCAGGCAAUUCAUCUCCUGGCUACAAGAUGUGGAUGACAAGUACGACAAGAUGAAAACGAGCCUGCUGAUGCGGCAGCAGCACGAGGCGGCGGCGCUGAAUGCCGUGCAGCGCAUGGAGUGGCAGCAGAAACAGGAGGAGCUGGAGCCCACGGCGGCCAUCAAGGCACACGGCGGCUUCGAGGUGCCACCCUUCUACGUGCCCAUGGUGGACGUGGAUGACGACUUCGACCUCCUCCCCGCCUGAGAGACGCCGCCGCCGCCCCCACCCCCCACAUCGGCCAAGCGAGCGCUCGUCGUUAGAUUUAACGCAAACGGGAACGGCAAUGGGGAUUAGUAAAUAACCCAGGAGAGACAGCGACACCGCACGGUUUCACGUGCCACUGCGUUGAUUAUAUGGCUUCUGUUGCGGACUGCUGCAGGCGGUGCAAAGGUUGUUGGUAAUUGCUAAGCUAGGGCAAUUGUGGGUUUACAAAUGAGGAACGAAAUGGCUAUCGCCCGCUGCCCCCAGGGGCUUUUGUUUCGUUGUGGUGUACCACGUGGGUUGGGAAUGAAAGGUUGUGCAGAAAAGUGUUGCCUUGAUGACUGGGAAGUAGAAAUUGGUCAUUUUCCCCACUUGAAUUAUGAGCACGUAAUGUGUUUUGCAGUGGCAGUUGAAAAACAAAUGAGUUCAACAAUUGUCAGGCGUCCAAAUGCACUUAGGGUCACAUCGGGGGGUGGGGACAGCCCAUGGAUGGGGUCAGCAUCUGAGAAGGGAAAGUUCAAAGGAGAGAGUGACUUGAUCCAUUUAAAUGAGCCCGUGGGGCAAUGGAGGAGAUUGAGAUUUUGGAGUCAGGACACGAUUCAUGGUGUUACGAGAGGUGAAAAAUUGUGUGUAUCACCUAAAUUAUACGUUUUCAAUAAACGUGUGUGUGCGUGUGUGUGCACGUGUGUGUGUGCACGUGUGUGCCGUCUUGUGUGUCUGUGUGACCACAGUGUUUAUCACAUUUUCUCUGGAAUCUGGAGAUGAGGGUUUUCACUUUUGGGUUUAUUAUGUGUGUUUGAGUUUUGUGUGAUAGAUCCUGUUGGUUUUCCUUCUAGCUUUACGACAUAACAGCUUCAUCCCGAACAAUACAUCCCUGUCCCAGAGUUCAGGAUGAGGGAUAUCUGAGAGAAUUUUCCCCAUGUGAAUCUUGUUUUUUUUUUAGUCUGAAAAAAUUGUCCAGGUUUUUUGUUUAGUUUUUAACAUUUGAGGGUGAACUGUACACAGCUUUUUAACAUCUUCCCCUAAGGGGGGCAUACGCAUGACAUAUUGCCCAUCCAAAGUGUGAGAAGUGAGAUGAAAUCAACUUCUCCGUCACUGCCAAUGGUGUAAGGGAUAUAGGUAUUAACAAAUCUUCCAGCAUGGAUUGAUUUUACAGAACCAUUUCCACAUUUAUAUAUAUGAACAUAUAUUGGACUUCUACAACUGUAAAUCUUGUAACCUAAUGUAAAGGAAAAAAAUAUAUAUACGCCGCUUUUAAGGGUUUUUUUAAUACAUACCAAUUCACCAUCGCGAAUGUAAAUAGUGACUCGCGAUCCGUGUUGCGUUGAGAUGAAUGCAGUCGGUGUAAAUGACAACGGCAGGCGGAGAAAAAAAGGAUGUUGGCAAGAGGGUGUUGCCCCCCACCCCCCACCACCGUUAUGUACAGUUUUGUAGUGCUGACGCACACACACACACACGCGCGCGCACCACAUUUAGGGACCAAAGCGUUCGUGCCAUUUCUGCGGAUGGUUGUGUUCUCGAUUAGAAAAGUAUCAUGCUCCUUUAUUAUAUAAAUACAGUAUAUAGAUAUAUUAUAUAUUAUAAAUAAGCAAGAAAAUAAAAAAAUGAGCAUUGAGGAAGAGUGGGUUUCUGGGGGGCUGUGCCCUUUUCUCAGAAUAUAGAAUUAAUCAAAAUUCCUAUCCUAUCGCUUGCUUACAGCCUGCUGAAUUGUGUCCUCUAUUGUCCAGGGAAGGGGGAGGAGGUCCCUUUGAAAAUGCCCUUGCUAUGUUUAAAAAAAAAAAACUUUGUUUACAUGAAUCGCCCUUUAAUACUGUACAUGUCCCAGCUGGUGUGAGUGAAACUUACAUUUUGUUCGUGUUUGUGUGUGUGUUUUAUUUCUGGUGCGUGAAAACAAAACGGAUUAAAAAAAAUGUACAAAAAAAACCGGACGUAACAUUGGGCGGUGUUGCCCAUUCAUAUGUACCUUUGAGCUUAAUUGUGACACUUCAAAUUAAGUGUGAGGGGGCAGCAACGGUCUCAAAAAUGACCCUGUGUGUACAAAACGCAUGUCCCUGUAUGGGCCGUAUGUGUGUAUAUACGAUCUAAUUAUUUUAGAUUUUUUUUUUUUGGUCAGGGUAAAGGCGAUCGUGGGUGAAAUAUAGGGAACCGGAAAGGGCGCAGGGUGUCACGUGGGGGGGUAAGGGAGGGGCAAGGUUUAAAUAAUUGCAUAGUAUUCAGUUUGUUUCUUCUGUUUGUACAAUUUCAACUCUGAAAAGUGUAAAUGUUUAUUUUAGUAUGUAUACAGUAUACCUUAUGAAUACGUGUACAUAGUUGUAUAUAUAACACAGGUUUUACAGUUGCCUCUUGUGUUGGAAACUCACAUUUUUGUAUUAUCACCACUCGCCCCCUGUAACACUGUACGUAUUCUGUUCAAAGUGUAGUAUUUGGUGUACAUACUGAACUCACAGGUAAUGUUUAACAGUGAGGAUGUAAUUAGGAUGUAAUCAGUUCUUGCAAGACAAUAAUUUCUAUAUUUUGCAUGUACAGAUGCGGAUAUCAGUGUCAGAGUAUAUGUUGGUAAAUAAAUGCACCCUAAAAUA